CCCAUCCAACUACUCAUCCAACCACAUAAACUUCUCCCUUCCCCCUCCCUUUAGACCUCUCAUCUACCUCUCUUCUUCAAGCUCAACUGCUCAGGCAAUGGCAAACAAAAUUAGCAUUCUGUUGCCAUGUCUUGUGAUGAUGAUCCUUCUUCUACUAGUAGAAAUCAAGGCAACUAAGGCAGAGGUUCCAUCUGCAGAACCAGAACCACCCAACAGCUUUAACAUGCAUGGGACUACCCAAGGCAGCCUUCAACCCCAAGAGUGCGCCCCGCGUUGCACUACUCGGUGCUCGGCAACAGCUUACAAGAAGCCAUGUAUGUUUUUCUGCCAGAAGUGCUGUGCUAAGUGCUUGUGUGUGCCUCCUGGAACAUAUGGGAACAAGCAGUUCUGUCCUUGCUAUAAUAACUGGAAGACCAAGAGGGGAGGACCCAAAUGCCCUUGAUCAGAAGGAUUAUUAUAAUCUCUAUCUCAUGAUUCUCUUCUUCAGCUCUGUGUAAUUGCUUCUAUGUAUUGUCUCUGUCAUUCAUUUCCUCCUUAGGUAAUUCAAAAAGAUAAGGGACUGUAGUGGGCCUAGUGGCUUCUCAGUCCAUCCAUCUUUAUAUAUGUAAUUGAUUAAAGAAACAUCUCUUUUUACAA